AUGUGCCAUAUAUCCUAAAAUUGGAGUCUCAUCCACACACCACUUGCUGGCCUGGUAGAACACUCUACCUGUUAGCACCCAGCUUUCCUGACAAACAGCGCUGGGUCACAGCACUGGAAUCAAUAGUGGCAGGUGGGAGAGUUUCCAGAGAAAAAGCUGAGGCUGAUGCUAAAUUGCUCGGGAACUCCCUGCUGAAGCUAGAGGGUGAAGACCGUUUGGAUAUAAAUUGCACAAUGCCCUUCAGUGACCAGGUAGUACUGGUGGGUGCAGAAGAAGGUCUCUAUGCCCUGAAUGUACUGAAGAAUUCCUUAACGCAUAUCCCAGGAAUGGGUGCCGUCUUCCAAAUUCACCUCAUCAAGGAUCUGGAGAAGCUACUCAUGAUAGCAGGAGAAGAAAGGGCUCUGUGUCUUGUUGAUGUAAAGAAAGUGAAGCAAUCUCUAGCCCAGUCUCACCUCCCAGCCCAGCCCGAUGUCUCACCAAAUGUCUUUGAGGCUGUCAAAGGAUGUCAUCUUUUUGCUGCUGGCAAGGUUGAGAAUGGUCUUUGUAUCUGUGCAGCCAUGCCCAAUAAAGUGGUUGUUCUGCGAUACAAUGAGAGCUUGAGCAAGUUCUGUAUCAGAAAGGAGAUUGAAACCUCUGAGCCUUGCAGCUGCAUCCACUUGACCACGUACAGCAUCAUCAUUGGAACCAACAAGUUCUAUGAAAUUGAGAUGAAGCAGUAUACACUGGAGGAGUUUCUGGAUAAAAAUGACCACACUUUGGCCUCUGCUGUGUUUGCUGCUUCCACAAACAGUUUUCCAGUCAGUAUCAUCCAAGUGAACCCAACAGGGCAGAGGGAGGAGUAUCUGCUGUGUUUCCAUGAGUUUGGUGUCUUUGUGGAUUCCUAUGGAAGACGCAGUAGGACAGAUGACCUCAAAUGGAAUCGCUUGCCCUUAGCUUUUGCCUACAGGGAGCCCUAUCUGUUUGUGACCCACUUCAAUUCCCUUGAAGUGAUCGAGAUUCAGGCACGAGCGGCUCUGGGAACUCCUGCACGAGCCCACUUGGAGAUACCAAAUCCGCGGUAUCUAGGGCCUGCAAUUUCAUCGGGAGCUAUCUACUUGGCCUCCUCCUACCAAGACAAAUUAAGGGUGAUUUGCUGUAAGGGCAAUCUAGUGAGAGAGACCAACAAUGAGCAGCACCACAGAGGAUCUUCUGCUACACGCAGCCCUAACAAGAGAGGUCCGCCCACAUACAACGAGCACAUAACCAAGCGGGUAGCAUCAAGCCCAGGACCGCCGGAAGGUCCAAGCCACCCUCGAGAACCAAGCACACCACAUCGGUACCGCGAGGGAAGGACAGAGCUGCGGAGGGACAAGUCACCUGGGCGACCGCUGGAGAGGGAGAAAUCUCCAGGCCGGCUUCUCAGCACCCGCAGAGAAAGGUCCCCUGGAAGACUGUUCGAAGAGAGCAGCCGAGGACGAAUGCCUGUGAGCGGUGCCAGAACUCCUCUUGCUCAAGUCAAUAAGGUCUGGGACCAGUCUUCAGUGUAAGUCUCAGCUAGACAAAGUUACUCAUCUUGACCUGCAGG